UUAUAGACAAAACAAUUUGAACUGUUGAAAAUAGACUGCAGAAGUCUGGGUUCAUGCCGGAUUUCGAGCACUUCAGAUUUUCCUAUUCGAGCAUGAAUCCGGCCCUGGGGGAGAGCGGCUUCCUGGCCCCGCAGCAGCACCACCACCAGAUGCCGGGCCAGAACGACUCCGCUAUGAUGGAGCCGGGCUACUUCCUGGGGGACCACGGUGGCUUCGGGCCUGAUGGGUUGUCCGGGCUGGACCUGGGCUCCUUGCCGCCGUCGGGCCUCACCUACCUGCACCUGAGCAACCCCUUGCACCGCGGACCCCCCGCGGCCACGGCGCUGCGCAACGACCUGGGCUCCAACAUCAGCGUCCUGAAGACCCUGAACCUGCGCUUCCGCUGCUUCCUGGCCAAAGUGCACGAGCUGGAGCGCAGGAACAAGGUGCUGGAGAAGCAGCUGCAGCAGGCUCUGGAGGAUAACGGUGGGGGGGAUGGACACCAGAAGCCGCAGACUAAAGACAUGGGGGUCCAGACUGGAUUUAUCGGGCCUAUCCAAGCCAGACCGGGACUCAUAUCGCUCCACAACGCCAACAACUCGGCCUACCUGCCCGGCGGCCUCCUCUCCCCCACCCUGAACCCCCCUCCUCUAUUUGACAACAAACACCUGCUGGGGAACAACCUGAACCCGAGCUCACUGUCCACGGAUUCAAACUCCAACCUCACCACUUCCGGCUUCUCCAUCAGCCCGGCCCUGAGCCCAAUGGACCCUUCCAAAACCUUCACCAACAUCAACGAGAAGUACACCUCUCACUCCGGGACGAACACCAACUUCAUCACCGCGCCGCCCCCCCGCUUCCUCCCCGGGACGCUCUGGUCCUUCAACCACAGCCGCCGGUUUGGCUCCGGGAGGGAGUCCUGCACCUCGGGCCCCGGGGCCCCCUGGACGCAGCCGGACGGGGUUGGGGUCCAGGUCGACACCAUCACACCGGAGAUCAGGGCCCUGAACAACGUGCUGGCCAAGGUGAAGAGGGAGAGAGACGAGUACAAGAGAAGAUGGGAAGAGGAGUACACAGCCAGGAUGGACAUGCAGGAGAAAGUGGCUGAACUGGAGGAGGACCUGCAGGAGAGCGAGGUGUGUCAGGAUGAGCUGGCGAUGAGGGUGAAGCAGCUGAAGGCCGAACUGGUUCUCUUCAAAGGACUCGUCAGCAACAACCUGUCAGAUCUGGACAGUAAGAUCCAGGAGAAGGCCAUGAAGGUGGACAUGGACAUCUGCCGCCGCAUCGACAUCACCGCCCGCCUGUGUGACGUCGCCCAGCAGAGGAACUGUGAGGACAUGAUCCAGAUGUUCCAGCAGGUGGCCACGCCCCCCUCCAGUCUGAGUGGCCGGUCCAGGAAACCGAGCGGCCAGUCGGCGAAGGGCGGAGAUGGAGACGAACUGAGCAUGUCCGAGAGCGAGGGAGGCGGGGCUAAAGACGAGGAGUCCUGCAGCACGUCGGCCAAUCAGAUCAACGAGCAGAUGCAGAGGAUGCUGAAUCAGCUGAGGGAGUGUGAGUUUGACGAUGACUGUGACAGUCUGGCCUGGGAGGAAACAGAGGAAACCCUUCUGCUCUGGGAGGAUUUCCCUGGAUACCCACUGGGAGUGGAAACACAGGGAGAGCUGCAGCAGCAGGAGGAGUCCAUCGAGGAGGUGAUCAAAGACACAGAGUGCAUGUUCAAAUUCAGAGAGAAGGAAUACCAGGAGACCAUCGACCAGAUAGAGCUGGAGCUGGCUACAGCUAAGAGCGACAUGAACCGCCACCUGCACGAGUACAUGGAGAUGUGCUCCAUGAAGAGAGGCCUGGACGUCCAGAUGGAGACCUGCAGGAGACUCAUCACACAGAGCGGAGACCGGAAGUCGCCCUCGCUCAUCCCCCUGACGGUGGACGACUCUGACAGCGAGGAGAAGAAGAUGCCCGCCCUCCCCGGCGAGUCUGAGACGAGCAAACCUUACUGCAACGCUGCCACCCCCCCCCUCACCUGGAGGAAACCUUGA